UCCACGGGUAUUUGUUGAUGCCAGCACCCUGAAGAAGAGGAGGCAGAGUGUUCUGGACCAGCUGGGAGGCUUCAGUCAGCAAGGGGCUGUCUAUAAUGUCCUGGGUGUGUGCAGCUCACUCACUGCUGAGCGCGUCUCAAUCGCAUGGAUAGUAAAGUGUCCGAGAGGAGUGAGGUUGCCAGGAAACUGUCAGUGCUGGCGCUCCCCUCUGCCCGUCUGGGAGUCUGCUGCACCUGCCUCAGUAACCAGCCCUGCUGGCACCGCCACAGAGUGGCCUGGCGCUGGCCAUGGUGAACACGGGACAUACAGGACACCAAUGGUCCUCAGCAGCCUGAAAGGCAUCUUCUUGUCCAGCACUGAUGCCCUAGCAUCAGACAUGUCUAGAAAAAGCAAGAUGGAUCGUAAUGAUGAGAGAAUCAAAAGAGCUUUAAGGCGCCGCCCUUAUGUGUUGAAUCCAGUGAGGGUGAACACCCCUGAUUCUGUGUUGUGGCCAACCGGCAAGGUGCGCAGAAGGCCAAAGCCUUCUACUUCAGUGCAGACCACUAAGAUCCACAAAAGGCCUCCAAUCAUUGUGAGCUGUGGGCAGGACCAGACAUCUGGGGAUGGAUGGAAUAUCAAUCCAGAGCCUCUCAGCCAGUCUGGAAGGGUGACUCGGCUGAUAGAGAAAAAUUAUGAUGAGGUGAUCUCGUCCUCCAACUCCGAUGACAUUUCCAUCGACUCCUUUACUGACUGUGAAUCUGAGUGUGAUGAUGAGGAUCAUGGAAGGAGGACACCACUGCUGAAAGUUAAGGAUGAGGAGGAUGGAAAGGUGGCAAAGCUUGAAGUGAGGGAUAUGGUAGAGGACGACGAUCUGUCUCUCCACUCCUUCGAUGAGUCAGACUUCCUGCGUGAUGAUGGCAAUGAUGCCUCUACUGACGACUUUCCAGAGCCUCCAAAGGAACCACAAGUUCCACUGAAGGACCAUCAACUGAUUAUUCGCCUGGCCCCCAUCACCAACCUGAGUGAGACUGGCAGGAAGCUGCUCCAAGAAAUGGCGCAGGAAAUGGCAGGAGUGGCCCCACAGGAAGGGAAGAUCAAUAAGAAAAAGAAGGGCAAGGCCAAAAAACGAGUGAAGCAAGAGAAGGCCAAUAAGAUGCAACAGAUAGAAAAUGUUGGAGAAAGUAAGGAGGAGGACAAGAAAGAGGAAAAGAAGAGUCUGAGGAAGAGGUUUCUUCAGUGGCUGCUGCCCAAACUGAGAUGUUCAAAGAAAUAAUGGCCAACUAUUACUCCUACUACCACACACACACACAUUAUUUUGCUAAUUUUCACCCCAGUAUCUCUAUUUGCACAUCAUCUUUUGCACA